AUGAACCGCACCGCAACUGGAGACAGUAGUCCUGCCAAAAGACGAAGCCAACAGCCAACAACAUCAACAUCACGUGGGUACGACCAAUCAAGCCAACAACAUUACCAAGUAUCAUCUAUAACGCAGCACACCGUGGAGAAGCCAAAGAGCAAGAGCAACCUCACCGGUGACAACCUCAGAGACACCUCAGUCAACGUCGCCUCUGCCUUUUCACAAGCCGUACAAGAUUUCGCAAUGUCCAACGGCGCUGUCACAACAAAUGGUUAUCCGCGCACAAACGGUGUCGCCGAGCGUGGUCUCGGUGCACCUCCUCCAAGCCGGGCACGCAAACCCGUCUCCCGCGGUAGCAACCGCGUCCUUGCCGUUCAAGAAGAAUCUGAUGACGACUUUGAGGUGAAUCGACUGAGAGGCAAGAGCCCUCUCGUCGAAGCAGCCUCGAAUUUCGUUCGUGCGCUCUCCCCAGGAGGCUCGCUUUACCUCCGCCAGAGGGCGGGGGGUGCUGGUGACGCCGAUCCUUCGGGAUACCAAUCUCUUACCGGCGCAUUUACGGGUAUCAAGCCUCAGUCGUCCCAGGGGAGCUCCCGACUUGUCCCUACCCAAAGCCAAACCUCUCAUGGAAAUGUUUCCUCGGACUACAACUACUCGCGUGAAGAGUCUAUGGUCAACCGGAUGGAGCCCCCGCCACCGGGCAAGCCCAUGAGUUCCGCCUCUGCCUCUGCCGCGGCGAAGAAGAAACUCGGGCCACGACACUCGAGCACUAUUGCACUGGAUAAGCAGGCAUACAAGCCUCCGAUUGACGAAGAAGAGGAUGACGAGGAUGAUUGGUCGGAAGACGAAAAAGGGCAACGUCGCAAACGAUCAAAGCAUGGUCCCGCUCAGAAAAAGUUGGAUCAUCUUCCCACUGUCGGUGCGCAGGCCAAGCAUCGUAGGGUGAGGAAGAGAAAAGGAAAGGAUGGUGAAGAAGAAUCGGAAUCAGAGACUGUUCCGAGGGACUCUGCCGUUCGCUCCUUACGAGGUUCAAUGCCUCCUCCAGAACCUUAUGACGACCAAAUGGAGCAGAGCAACGAGCAUUUCGCAGACGAGUAUACAAUUUCAGACGCCCAGGCGCAUCCCAGCCAAUCCGCAUUUUCAAUCGGUGGUCUCUUGGGGAAAAUGGUCAAUAUGGCUUUUCAUCUCUUCGGAGCCACCGUCGCACUCAGUGUCAACACUCUCACGAGUGCUUCCAUCCUCCUCUUGCGCAUCAUUGCUUCUGUCUUUGACAUUUGCCUCAUCCAGCCUGCGAGCUUUGUAAUGGAUCGUGCCCAAAAGAUAUUUGGGUCUAUCGACUGGUCGUCCAUUGGCAAAGGAGUGCUAGGCUUAGUCAUUGCCUGGCUCUUUUUCAAUUCUCUCCUGGGCCCCAAUGCCAAUACCUCGACUGGCCGUGCUUGGAUUCCUGGUUGGGGUCAGCCAUCUCCCUUACCCUCAUCUAUCCCAACCGGUGACGCACCGGCUGCUCUCUUGGAAAUCGCUCGUCGGUUGCAAGAUAUGGAGAACAAGGUGAUCGAUAUGCAAUACGCGCAGCGUCGUGCAUUUGAUCGGCUGGAUUCUCAGGCUCGCAUCACUGACGAGUCGGCGAGCAAGCUUGAUUCGCUCGGUAGUGCCAUCUCCAAGCAAAACCUGGCGAGAAUCGAAUCCGAGGAGAAACUGCGCUCAUCUAGUGCUGCUGCUAUUACCUCCCUUCGCACAGAACUCUCGGGUCUUAUGAACCAAUUGGGUCAUAUUGAUACCAGUGGAGCAGACGAAAAGCUUCAGUUCUUUGAGAAGCGAUUGGCUGUCGCAGAGGCCAACGUCAAGGAUGCCGUCGAGGUCAGCAAGCAGGCCUUGAAUACGGCCAACACCAAGGCUGUGUCGACUGGUGGUACUCGCAGCGGUGGCAGCAUCUGGGAGCUCUUUGGAACAGGUGAAGGCAAGUCGAGCUUGACAAUCAAGUCAACGGACGGACGCGAUGUCACCAACCUCAUCAGUGCACUCGUCGACAACGCAGUCAAUAUGCGGUCCAAGGAUGACAUUGCGAAGCCAGACUAUGCAAGCUACUUUGCAGGUGGCCGAGUCAUUCCCCAGCUUACAAGCCAGACUUUCCGCAUUCCCGCCAAGUCGUACUGGGGCAGCUGGGGAUUCGGCAUGUUUGGUCAACAAACCGUCGAGGGUAGGCCACCAGUCACGGCCAUUCACCCUGAUAUCCACGUUGGCAACUGCUGGCCCUUCAAGGGCCAACAGGGUCAACUUGGCGUUGUCCUUGCGCGCUCCAUCAUUGUCACUGAUAUCACUAUUGACCAUGCUCCGAAAGAGGUGGCCUUCGACGUCCGAUCCGCUCCCAAAAACAUGGAGGUAUGGGGCCUCGUCGAAGGUGCCGAGAAUAUCAAAAAGGUCACAGAGUACCAUCGCCGACGUGAACAACGAUACCGUGAUCUCGUUGCGGCGGCCAACCGCGAAGGUCGAAAACCCCCACCGCCAGAGGAUCCAUAUCCGGCCAAUUUGCCACCAGACGGCAAUUAUAUUCGCCUUGCUCAGUUUAAGUACGACGUAAAUGCCCCAUCGCACAUCCAGACGUUCUCGGUCCCUCAGGACAUACAAGACUUGGGGGUCGAUGUCGGCAUCGUCGUGCUCAUGGUCAGGAGCAACUGGGGAGAAAAGAACUGGACAUGUUUGUACAGGUUCCGCGUGUCGGGACACGACUUGGACCGACGGCCAUACCCGCUCGAAGAAAUUGAUGGCGAGUAG